UCAUUCGUUGAUUCGUGUGUACAAGAUGAAAGGAGACGUUGUUUUCCAUAAAUAAUUUUUUUGUUGUAAACAUGGCAAAUACGGGCUUAUUACCUUUUGUACGAGGGGUAGACUUAACGUGUAAUGACUUUAGCGAUGAUAAAUUUCCUGACGCUAUACAGUAUAUGACUGGCCUUCAGUGGCUAAGACUAGACAAGACCAAUCUGAACGAUAUUCCUGAGGAAUUAGGAAAGCUUAUGAAAUUGGAAAAUUUGUCACUCAAAAAGAACAGUUUAGAAAAGUUAUUUGGAGAAUUGACUGAAUUAAAAUGCCUCCGGUCUUUGAAUGUGAGACAUAACAAGGUGAAGAGUUCUGGAAUACCUCCGGAAUUGUUCCAUCUGGAGGAGCUCACAACCCUGGACUUGUCCCACAACAGACUAAAAGAGGUGCCAGAUGGGUUGGAUAAGGCCAAGUCUCUACUGGUGUUGAAUCUAAGCCACAACAAGAUUGAAGCUAUACCACCAACAUUGUUUGUUCAGUUGACAGAUCUACUGUUUUUAGACUUGUCUAAUAACUUAUUGGAGACCCUGCCACCCCAGACUAGAAGGCUGGCGAACCUCCAGACCCUCAUACUUAAUGAUAAUCCACUAGGACUUUUCCAGCUAAGGCAACUGCCAUCACUCCAAAGUCUGGAGACGCUCCACAUGCGCAACACCCAGCGCACGGUGGCAAACCUGCCCACAUCCCUGGACACACUCGCCAACCUCGCUGAUGUGGACUUGUCUAAGAAUGCACUUACCAAAGUGCCAGACGCCCUGUAUUCGCUACAAAACUUGAAGAGACUGAAUCUUAGUGAUAAUGAAAUUGCUGAGAUAUCAUCAGCAAUGGACAUGUGGCAGAAGUUAGAAAGUUUGAAUCUCUCCCGCAACAAACUGAGUGUGCUGCCUGCGUCUCUAUGCAAGCUGCAGAGUCUGCGGAGACUGCAUGUGGAUGACAACCAGCUGGACUUCGAGGGGAUCCCCUCGGGCAUCGGCAAGUUGGCCACUUUGGAGGUGUUCUCCGCUGCCAACAACCAGCUUGAGACGAUUCCCGAAGGGCUGUGCAGAUGCGGCUCCCUAAAAAAGCUAAACCUAAGCUGGAACAAACUGAUCACGCUCCCCGACGCAAUCCACCUCCUCGGCGACAUGGAAAGCCUUCAGCUCCACGGCAACCCGGAGCUGGUGAUGCCCCCGAAGCCCGUGGAGAGGUCCAAGGGCGCAGGCCUGGCGUACUAUAAUAUAGACUUCUCACUUCAAACGCAACUGCAGUUAGCGGGAGCAGCUACUUCCGAAUCUACUACGCCUAAUAGCGUGAAAUCCGACCCGAUCGCACGAAAGCUACGACUCCGUCGCGGGCGACCCGAGCCCGAACAGAAGGACUCUGCCCUGAUCCUGCGCGGGAUGCAGGAGCAAGCCAACACCCAACACAACGAGCAAGCUGGCGAGCAACGGAACAGCGAGCUUAAGCCUAAACGCUGGGACGAGACGCUGGAGAAGCCGCCCCUGGACUACUCAGAGUUCUUCGACGAGGACACCGGACAGAGCCCAGGGCUACAAGUCUGGGAGAUCGAAAACUUCAUCCCGGCGCCUGUCGACGAGGUGCAACACGGGAAGUUCUUCGAAGGCGACUGUUACAUCGUGCUGAAGACCACAGUAGAGGAACAGGGCCAGCUCAGUUGGGACAUACACUUCUGGAUCGGCUCCAAGGCCACGCUAGACAAAGGCGCAUGCGCAGCCAUGCACGCCGUGAACCUGCGCAACCUGCUCGGCGCGAAGCGGACACAGCGACACGAGCAAGGAGACGAGAGUCCAGAGUUCCUGGCUCUGUUCCCCACUGAGCCGACAUACAUCGCCGGCAGCCACACGCCUUCUGGAUUCUUCACGGUGGACGAUGUUCAUUACGUAACGCGGCUGUACCGCGUGCACGCAGCGGGCAACAGCAUCCACCUGGAGCCGGUCGCGGUGCAAGCGGAAUCUCUGGACCCGCGCUACGUCUUCCUGUUAGAUGCUGGACUGACUAUAUACUUAUGGAACGGCAAAAAGGCGAAGAACACGCUGAAAUCAAAAGCGCGACUAUUCGCCGAGAAAAUCAACAAGGAAGAGCGCAAGAAUAAGGCUGAGUUGAUAGCAGAGCCGCCCGGGAAGGAACCCGCUAAUUUCUGGAAGACCUUGGGCUAUGAGGGAGAACUGCCAUUCGUGCCAGAGGAAACAGUGCCGGAAGAGUUCGAGUGGUCGCCGCCGCGGCUGUACCGCGUGGAGCUGGGCAUGGGCUACCUGGAGCUGCCGCAGCCCGAGCCCGCGCUGACGCGCGCGGCGCUCGCCACCAGGAACGUGUACAUACUGGACGCGCGCACCGACGUCUUCGUGUGGUUUGGUAAGAAAUCCUCUCGGCUAGUACGCGCGGCCGCGGUGAAGCUAGCACAGGAACUGUUCACGAUGCUGCAGCGGCCUCCGCACGCAUUAGUCACCAGGCUACAGGAGGCUACCGAAACACAGGUGUUCAAGACAUACUUCCAGGGCUGGGAGGAGGUGAUCGCGGUGGACUUCACGCGCACCGCGGAGUCUGUGGCGCGCACCGGCGCCGACCUCGCCAGCUGGGCGCGCCAGCAGGAGACCAAAACGGACCUGUCAGCCCUCUUCACCCCCCGUCAAACCCCCAUGCAGCCCUCGGAAGCUAAAACCUUAGCAGAAGAGUGGAACGAAGACCUGGAAGCGAUGGAAGCAUUUGUACUCGAAGGGAGACACUUUGUGAAGCUCCCGGACCAGGAGCUGGGGAUCUUCCACAGUCAGGACUGCUAUGUGUUCCUGUGCAGAUAUAUCAUGCCGGCCGAGCCGGAAGAAGAAAACGAAGGUUCAAACGACGCCGACGAGGACGCGGAGUCUGCCUCCUGGGUGGUGUACUUCUGGCAAGGCCGCUGGGCCAGCAACAUGGGCUGGCUCACCUUCACCUUCGGCCUGGAGCGGAAGUUCAAGCAGCUGUGCAAGAGGCUCGACGUCGUCAGGACCCACCAGCAACAGGAGAGCUUGAAGUUCAUGGCGCACUUCCACAGGCGGUUCAUCAUCAAGGACGGCAAGAGGAAAGUCAAACCGGAGGGCAAGGCCCCCGUAGAGUUGUUUGAACUGCGCAGCAACGGCUCGGCUCUGUGCACGCGGCUCAUACAAGUGAAGGCCGACGCGUCGCAGCUCAACAGCGCUUUCUGUUACAUACUGAACGUGCCCCUAGAGGGCGCCAACGAGACGUCAUCAGCGAUAGUGUACGUGUGGAUCGGCAGCCAGAGCUCCGCCGACUGCGCUCGGCUCAUCGAGCAGAUCGCUGAGGAGAAGUUCAACAACCCCUGGCUCAGUCUGCAGGUGCUAACGGAGGGCAGUGAGCCGGACAACUUCUUCUGGGUGGCGAUGGGCGGGCGCAAACCCUACGACGGCGACGCGGAGUUCCUCAACUACACGCGGCUGUUCCGCUGCUCCAACGAGAAGGGCUACUUCACUGUCUCCGAGAAGUGCACAGACUUCUGCCAGGAUGACCUGGCAGACGACGACAUAAUGAUCCUGGACAACGGGGAGCAGGUGUUCUUGUGGCUCGGCGCCAAGUGCUCCGAGGUCGAGAUCAAACUGGCUUACAAAUCUGCUCAGGUUUACAUCCAACACAUGAAGUCCGUGCAGCCGAGCCGACCGCGCAAGCUGUUCCUCACGCUGAAGAACAAGGAGUCUCGCCGGUUCACCAAAUGCUUCCACGGCUGGGGCGAGCACAAGAGGCCUCCAGAGUAGUACUGCGAUUGAAUAAACAAUCACCAUCCUUAUUACACGAGUUCUUACGUUACAGGCGACCCAAUCAUAAAACUCAAGUUCUUUUAGUUACACUCACGCAAUGAAUUAUGUUCGACGAGAAAAUGUAUCUUAUGGAGGUAAGUCGCUAAAGAUGUUUCGCUUGCUCAUUAUUAUUAUAAAUGCAUAUAAUACCUCGUAAGCUAUAAGUUCCAUAAGGAACUUUUUCUCGUGGACCGUCAUAUGUUUCAUGCCAUCCCUACCUAAUUUAGUAUAGAAGCCACGGCUUGUUUCAUUUUCAUUUGAUACUGUAAAAUGUCCCCAAGUUUCAAAAUAAGUGACAUUUUAAACACACUCAUUCGAAUAAAAUUACAAAUGGUAAUAUGCCUGCUGUUAGUAUAUUAAAAAUGGGAAGAUAAAAUUUCGUAUUUCUCUCAUUUCUGUCUAAGACCCAAUAUAAACCUAUGUUACAUUUAUGUGAUGGAACAAGCUGUGCAUUCGUUUAAUAGCUGUAUAGAUUUUUUUUGUUAAAAAUUGCGCUGAUUAUAAAUAUUAUUUAUGUUUGUUGAAUUGUGAAAAUUUGCAGCACAAAAUAUUUAUGAUUAUUUCCUAUAGACAUAUAUAAUAGUUUACAAAGCACAAAGUAUAACCAUAUCCAACUACUUUAUUAGAUUAAUUUAAAUAAAAAAAACUUUUCAACAGUAUUAUUUUUUCGCCAUUUGAAGAGUAUAUGUAUUAUUUCGUCUAAAUGUAAGUCCAAUAAUAUCUAUUAAAAUCUUGAAAAGUUUUAUACCCUCCAAUGUUAUUGAAGUAAUUUAACUAGCCAACCUUGUGGUGGUCCUGUUGCAAGAGCAAUAUGUCACCACAGAUAAAGGUAUCUUAUGGUUGAUUUUUAAGAUUAUUCAGACAUUCAAAAAUAAAAACACAUCCAUAAGGUACUUUUACUAGUGGAACUCACAAGUAUAUGAAAUUCCAUUUUUUUUUUAAUCAUAGUCCCCAUGACCCCAAAACAAUCUCCUUUCAUAAAAUUAUUAUGAAUAUACUAAAUUGACAUAGAAACAAAAUAAAGAAUUAAGUGCAGGUUAUGGAGAGUAUGGAUUUUUAAAAUUGAAAGACUGAUAUAAGCCAUUUUUUCAAGUCAUUUAUUCAUAACUUUCAUUCAAGUGUGGUAUGUAUUUAUAAUGAGAAUGAUUUGACUAGAUUAUAAAUUUCUGUAACUCUCCUGUAGUUAUUGUAGCCAUGUUACCCGCUGAAUAAGAUGUAGAUGUCAAAUGGGUGGCAUAUCUCCAUCAGCAAUGUUUUAAGAAUUUCCCAAUAGCAACUUCUAAAUUACCUCUUACCUGCCAGUACCCAAUAAUUCAGGACCUGAUAAUUUAACUAAUGACAAUUUAUACCAAAUGCAUCCUUUACUAUAUAUUUGUGGGAAAAAUUCAGAAAUCGAAUCAUAUUUAGGACCUCAGAUUGACAUUGUACAGGUUACUUUGAGAUGCAUUUUGCAAUGCAUUUAAAUAAUGACUAAUUACAAGUUUAUUUGCUGUAUAUAGAAAACAUUGCAUUAAAAGUUUUACAUUUAACUAUGUAAAUAUUUAAAUAGAUACAAAUAUGGCCCUAAUAUAUUAAUAAUAUCAUUGAUUCACGAUUAUAAUUAGUUUUGAAAGCUAUGGAGCUCAAACUAAGUUGAAUGUUUUAUAAACUUUAUGUAAUAAAAUGUAAUUAAUAACAAAAA